AUGUCCCAAAACUCUUACGACGAGAAGGCCAGCGUGCAUUCCGAGAAGGAGCCCGUGCACGACAUCCCGACGCUCACAACGGACCACUUCGGUGACAAGUAUGUCCAGUCCAGGGGUGUCAGCAAAGUCGAGGCGCUUCGCGCCGCGGCGAAAACAUCCGCAGCGGGGAAGCGAAUGCUGGUGGUGAUCGGCAUCUGCGUCUGGAUUGCCGCCUUCGCAUACGCAAUCCAGGGUAGCACCAGCUACAACUACUCUGUCUGGGCCACCUCCAGCUUCCAAAACCACUCGGCCGGUCUUUCGGCACUGACCGUCGCCACGUCCAUCAUCGGAUCCGUCUGCAAACCUUUCCUCGCCAAGUUCUCCGACAUCUUUGGUCGUACGAGCACUUACUUCGUGGGGACGCUUCUCUACCUCAUGGGAUUCGUCAUCAUUUCCCAGUCCCCGACCCUCGCAGCGUACAUCAUCGGGAACGUCUUCGCGACGCUUGGGGGCACGACCGUCGACUUCAUGAACUCUGUCAUUGUCGCCGACUUGACGGAUCUUCAGUGGCGCGGGUUCUACACCUCGCUGCUUUCCGUACCUUACCUGAUCACGCCAUGGUUUACUGCGAACAUCGUCGAGCAGUUAGGCACUACGAACAAUUGGCGAUGGGGGUAUGCAAUGUGGGCCAUCAUUCUGCCCGUUAGCACGCUGCCGGUCAUCGGCGCCCUGAUGUGGCUUAAUUUCCGCGCCAAGAAGCUAGGCAUCCGCCCUGCUGUCGAGCAGGCUGCCGUUGCAGAGACUGGCGCCGAGCGCGUCUCCCAGGCGCCUACAGUGUCGCUCGGCCAACGAGCCAUGGCCAUCAUCAACGAGCUCGACGCUUUCGGCCUUAUCCUACUUGGAUUUGGCUGGUCUCUCUUCCUCCUUCCGUUCUCGCUCGAGAGCGCUGCCAAGGGUGGAUGGUCCAACCCUUCGAUGAUUGCCAUGAUUAUCGUUGGUAUCCUUUGCCUCAUCGCGUACGUGCUCUUCGAGAGGUUUGCUUCGCCUAUUCCCAGCUUCCCGCGUCGCAUCCUAAGGAACAAGACCUUCAUGAUGUGUAUCGUGAUUGACUUCAUGUACGAGCUCGCCGGGUACUUCGAGAUCUUAUACCUGAGCUCCUACACGUACAUCGUCACGAGCUGGUCGCUUCAGGGCUGGACGUACUAUAGCAACACACUGACGCUUUCGCUCUGUGGCUUCGGUGUCGUGGCUGGUGCUCUCCAGCGCUACACGCAUCGCUACAAGGUGAUCCAGGUCUCCGGACUGUGCAUCAAGAUUAUCGCCUACGGCCUCCUCAUUUCCCCGACUUCCAAGACUGCAACCACCAGUACCGGUCUGCUCGUUGCCAGCCAAGUCCUCACAGGAUUAGGUGGAGCGUUCUCGGUCAUUGGCUCGCAGGUCGCUGCCCAAGCGUCCGUUCCGCACCAGGAUAUGACGCUCGUAAUGGCCCUCCUCUCCCUCUGGUCCUCCGUUGGCUCGUCGAUCGGCUCCGCCAUCGGCUCGAUCAUGUGGGCCCAAUGGAUGCCGGGCAACCUGCGCGAGUUCCUUCCCGCCUCCGUCAACGACACUCAAGUCCAAGAGUUCUACGACGACAUUACGCUCAUCCGCGCCUACGACUUCAACGACCCCGUUCGCCAGGGCGCCAUCGAAGCCUACCGCCACACGCUCUGGGGCUUCUUCGUCCCCGCGCUCGUCCUGUCCUUCAUCUCCCUCGGCGCGGCGUGCUUCCAGACGAACUACUUCCUCGGCGGACAGCACAAUGCCGUCAUGAACGUCGGGCCGGACGGGGAGGCUAUUGGUAACGACCAGGCGGAGAAGAAGGUCGACACCAGCUCCAUGAACGUGGCCCGCAAGGCGUUCUACUACAUUUUCGGCGUUUAG